AUGCUUCGUAUGGAGCAAAAAUGGAGAAGCCAACUACCUACACAGAGUGGAGGCUCAAAGAGAACCAAGGUUAGUGCAACUGGAGCAUACUCAUCCUCAUCAAACCUAGAUACACCGUUGGCAGACGAACCCGGUGUGGAAUCUCCCGUUCACCCACAAGGAUCAAAGAAGAGCAAGCGAAAAGGUAAGGAAAAAGCACAAAUGUGUGAAGAUCUUAGCGAAAAGAAAUUAUCGGUUGUUAAAAAACUAUCUCUCAUGGAAGAUAUUAAGAAUGUUAAAGGAAAGGAACUAAUGGAUAGGAAAAAAGAAAGAGAAGAGGAGAGGGCACAUAGAGCAAAGAUUAUGGAAAUGAAGGAGAAGAAGUUACAAAUUCAAGCGGCAAUGAAAGAACAAGAAUUACAAACUCAAGCGACAAUGAAAGAACAAGAAUUACAAACUCAGAGGUAUAUUAAAGAAAUGGAGAUAAAUGCAAAAGAAAGGGAAAUGGAAAGGAUGGCUAAGGAAAUAGAAAGGGAAAUGGAUAUGCAAAUACUUAAUGCUGACACGUCUACAAUGAGUGAAAAACGACGAGCUCUUCAUGAGAUUGCAUGUGAGAAAAUAAUCGCGAAGUGGUUUACUUAA